AUGAAGUAUAGAAAUCUAAGUGAUUGUUUCUUUUUUUUAUCUUUUUACAGUUUUCUUCUUGUCUUCAGCUGCUUAAUUUUAUCAGUGUUUUCCACCAUCCCUGAACAUCAAGAACAAGCUUCGUAUUGCCUUUUUGUCCUGGAAUUCGUAAUGAUCGUUGUGUUUGGUUUGGAGUACAUUAUCCGUAUAUGGUCUGCAGGCUGUUGUUGUCGCUACCGAGGAUGGCAGGGAAGGUUAAGAUAUGCCAGGAAACCAUUUUGUGUAAUAGAUAUCAUAGUUCUUAUUGCAUCAGUGGCAGUUGUGUCUGCUGGAUCUCAGGGAAAUAUUUUUGCUACAUCAGCCCUUCGAAGUCUUCGAUUCCUACAGAUCCUACGUAUGGUGCGCAUGGAUCGGAGAGGGGGGACGUGGAAAUUGCUGGGUUCAGUUGUUUACGCACACAGCAAGGAACUCAUCACAGCCUGGUACAUAGGAUUCCUAGUACUCAUCUUUUCCUCGUUUCUUGUUUAUCUGGUUGAAAAAGAAGCUAAUACACAAUUUCAAACAUAUGCAGAUGCUUUAUGGUGGGGUACGAUCACGUUGACUACCAUCGGCUAUGGGGACAAAACUCCACACACAUGGCUUGGAAGACUUCUUUCAGCUGGGUUUGCUCUGCUUGGCAUUUCCUUCUUCGCAUUACCCGCAGGUAUUCUUGGAUCUGGGUUUGCCUUAAAAGUUCAGGAACAGCACCGCCAGAAGCACUUUGAAAAGAGGAGGAAUCCUGCAGCUAGUUUAAUUCAGUGUGUAUGGCGUAGUUAUGCGGCUGAUGAGAAAUCGGUUUCCAUUGCUACCUGGAAGCCUCAUUUGAAGGCCUUGCAUACCUGCAGCCCUACAAAGAAAGAACAAGGCGAGACAUCUGGCAGCCAGAAAUUAAGUUUCAAGGAGCGCGUACGUAUGGCGAGCCCCAGGGGGCAAAGCAUAAAGAGCAGACAAACAUCACUUGGCGAUCGACGUUCUCCCAGCGCUGAUAUGGCUUCAGAGGCGAGUCCAACAAAGGUACAGAAAAGCUGGAGCUUCAAUGACAGAACGCGUUUCCGCCCUUCUCUGAGGCUGAAGAGCUCUCAACCAAAACCAGUGGCUGACAUUGAUGUCAAUCUUGGAACAGAGGAAGCACAUGAUGAGAAAGGAUGUCAUUGCGAUGUAUCAGUUGAAGAUCUAACCCCAGCUCUUAAAAUGGUCAUCCGAGCGAUCAGAAUUAUGAAGUUUCAUGUAGCAAAGCGAAAAUUCAAGGAGACCUUGCGGCCAUAUGAUGUGAAAGAUGUGAUUGAGCAAUAUUCUGCUGGCCAUUUGGAUAUGUUAUGCAGAAUAAAGAGCCUCCAAACACGGGUUGACCAAAUUCUUGGAAAAGGUCAAAUAACAACUGAUAAAAAGAGCAGGGAAAAAAAUGUUUCUGAAAUUGAGACUGCGGAUGACCUCAGUAUGUUGGGUCGAGUGGUUAAAGUUGAGAAGCAGGUGCAAUCCAUCGAGUCAAAAUUGGACACCCUACUUGAUAUCUACCAGCAGGUCUUAAAGAAAGGAUCUGCCUCAGCACUGACUCUGGCAUCAUUUCAGAUGCCACUAUUUGAAUGUGAACAAACUUCGGAUUAUCAAAGUCCAAUAGACAGUAAAGAUUUGUCCAGUUCUGCACAGAACAGUGGAUUCAUAACAAGAUCAGCUAGUGCCAACAUGCCUCGGGGGUUACAGUUUGUACUUACACCAAAUGAAUUUAGUGCACCUGCUUACUAUGGAUUUAGUCCAGCAAUGCAAAGCCAAGCAACACAGGUGUCAGCAAAUGUAACUGAUGGACCUGUAACUAUGGUAACAAACAGUAUAUCAAACCAAAUAAGCCAGGCCUCAAAGCCAACAGCACCAACAACAUUGCAGAUACCAGCUGCACCCUCCUUGAAACAUAUAAGUAGACCAGAACCAAUUCACAUAAUUCCUAUGACCACAAAAGAAGAUAUUUGUGAUGUCACCUCCUGCCUUGUUGCCUCAAAGGAAAGUGAACAGUCUGCGCAACCUGGUUUAACUAAAAAUUUUGUAAGGAGGAAAAGCCUUGAUGCAAAUAAGACGGUACCGUCUACGGUUCCCUUUACACAUAAGGAUUUUGGAAAAUCAAUUUCUGUGCAAAAUCUGAUUCAGUCAACAGAAGAACUAAAUGCACAGCUUUCAUGCAGUGACUCAAGUGUCUCAAGAGGCAGUCAGGAACUUUAUCCACAAUGGCGGGAGUCAAAGCUUUUUAUUGCAGAUGAGGAGCUGGAAACUGAAACUUAUGAUGCUGCCUGUGAGCCUACUGUUGAAACCACUUUAUUAUCUGACUCUUUGAGGACUGGAAUAGCAGUUUCAUCUCAAAGCAUUAGCAAAACUAGGGAUGGUGCAAAAAACCUAAGCCCUCCUCAUGUAAAACAUAAGUAAUGUUUUUGAGUUGUUUUUUGUGCUUAUGGUUUCUUUAUUCAUCCAUAUCAUUGCAUGAAUUAUUUUGAAAGCCCUUAAGAUUAUGAGUGCUAGAAGCUAGAUUUAGAAGGAAACUGAAAGGCAGGCCUUUUGUUGGGCCAUCUCUUCCAGCUGCAUGAAAAUGCAUGUUUAAAGUGAAGAGAACAAAUUAAACAAGAAUAUACUUAUAAAUCAAAACAACUUUAACCCUAAAAACUUGAUUAUAUAUUAGUUGGCGAAAAUGUUUACUUGCCUACCAAGCAAAGCCACAGAAUAUUGUAACAUUAUUUUAAAAAAAUUACCCUGUAAUUUCACGGCACUGUUUUUCAAAGAGUCCAAAGCGCCUUGAUUCUGAAGAGAUUCAGGUUCUGUCCAAAGCUGAAGCGUAUAGUCAUGUUUACAAUGAAAAAAAAUGUUACAGCUGCUAGCAAUUCUACCAAGAAACGUAAAAGGACUUGUACCGCUGCUAGUUGUGACGACAAGUACACAUUAACUCACUUCUUUUCAUGCACACUUAAAAUGAAUGUUGAUUUCUGUAUAUUUUUUGGUAAAUUAGUGUUGUGACAUAAA